GAGAGAGAGAGAGGUGCGGUGGACGGAAUUACAUCGUGGGGAAAUAAUAAUGUGACACACACCAGCAGCAACAAUAUCCAUUUGGACUGUGCGCCACGUUGUGCGUGCGCUUUUGUUUUCGCACCAACUUUGGCCAAGUCGCAGCGGACCCGGCGAUCCGGUGUGUUGCCCCCAAAGGCUGCGUGACAAGUUGGGAGAAGGUGGCGGAGGAAAGAGGAGAAGUCGCAUCACUAUUUCUAAAAUUGGUACAGUGAGAUUUUGGGGUGGAGGGGGCGUGGACGGCGGAGAGGAGCGGCGGCGGCGGCGGCGAACAUGUUGGCUUUUGGCUGCGGUUCCAGUGUAGUGAUGUGCCGGCUGGAAGAGGAACCGAGCGACGCGUAGAGGACGUGGACUGAGCGGCUGGACGCGGAACGCAUUCGUCGGCUUUCUGUCAUUUUAAAGCCCGCUUGUGUUUUUUUAGUUUUUUACGUGGAUGUAUUUCUUCAACGCGCUGUAGGAGAUUUGAAGGAAGGAGCCGGAGCCGUGGAGCGGGGGUUUAAGACGCAGCAGCUGCCGUGCGUAACAAACCAAAUCUGCUCCGUGCCGCAGCUAUUUGAAUGAGAAUAGUUGGCUUUCAGUUUUGUGUAAGGAAGCCUAAUUGCUGGAAGUGAGUGCGCAUGGUAAAUUGCUGUCCGUGCGUAAAAUCGAUGUUUUAAUGACAUUUGGGAUUUGAAAGCUGCGGCAAGUGAAAGUGAGGUGAUCUCCAUGUGUAAAUAUUGACAGGUGUUAUCAACCUUUCAUUCACUAGCGGGUCUGUUCGUGUAUCUAACACAUCGCGGACUCAUUUGUAACCAAAGCUGCGCCAUGGAUCGUCCACGUUCUUGUUUAAUCCUGCAGUUUUAACACACGUUGAUGGGAACAACCUUAGGAUGCGUUUGAAACGCCGGAUGGGAAAGUAACCAUCACUUCAGUGUCCUCUUCCCUCCCGAGUUGUAGCAGCCAAAAUGACAAGCAACGGACCUGUCAUCGUCUUCGAGUGGCUGAAGACCCUCCAGCUCGCCCAGUACGUCGAGGCUUUCGUGGAUAACGGAUACGACGACCUGGAGGUUUGCAAACAGAUAGGAGACCCCGACCUGGAUGCCAUCGGCGUCUACAUCCCCCACCACCGGCAGAGGAUCCACGACGCGGUGAGGAGGCUGAAGGAGGACGCCAAAGACACGGCGAGCGCGCUCUACUUCACCCUGGAGCCGAUGCCACCCGCGGCCGAGAUUUAUACCAGUCACAUGGUGGACCAGUACGAGUCCAAACUGCGCGGGUCCAAGUCCUGGACCGAGCCCAACAGUGACCGGGUCGGGCGCACCGGUGGCUACGUGGGUGCGCAGCGGAACCUGACGCUGGGCAACAGGAGGGAGCUGGUGAUUUACCCCAAGCUGAAGCUGAAGAUCAUGAUCAGGGAUAAACUCAUCAGAGAUGGCAUCAACCUGGCCAAGCCGCCCUAUUCUAAUAAGGAUGGUUCUCUGGGCAACAUAGAUGACCUUGCACAGGAGUACUCUGAGUACUACAACACCUGCUUCGGUGACGUCAGCGAUCGUGUGGAGGAGCUGCGCAAACGACGAGUUUCCCAAGAGCUCGACAUGGAGAAACAGGACUCGAGCAGCACGUCUCUGCAGCUCCGUAAUGAAAUCCAGGAAUCAUUAGGCUUCAGCAGUGAGGUGUCGACUCCUGAAACAGACAGAAAAAUGUCGCUGCACAAGUCCAGCUCUGAAGAUGGAUCUGCAGGCAAAUGGGACAACAAGAAGAAGAACAAAUCUUUUUGGCAGAACUUCCGCAAGUCUCCGCAUAAAGCCACCAUGCGACAGACGGCCAAAGGAGAGGACAUCGGCUACGUGGCGAGCGAGAUCACCAUGAGCGAUGAGGAGCGGAUCCAGCUGAUGAUGAUGGUGAAAGAGAAGAUGAUCACCGUAGAAGAGGCCCUAGCUCGGCUGAAGGAGUAUGAGCGCAGCAAACAGUCCUGCAGUACUGACGCUGCAGAGUGCACUGACGGACCUGCACCCAAUCUAAACCAGUCCUCAAACUGCAACUCUCGUGAACAGUCAGAUGAUGAGCAAUCGGAGGACUCUGUGAAGUUCAAGCGGCUUCACAAGCUGGUGAACUCGACACGCCGGGUCAGGAAAAAACUCAUCAAGGUGGAAGAGGGCAAGAAACAUGGCUCUGAAGAUUUUCUGAAUCUGGACUCACCUCCCACCUGUGAGGACAACACAGCUCUGUACACGGGGGUCCUGAAGAAGCCUCCUCUGCCCCAGGAGGCCUCUCUGCCCUCCCUCACCCAGGAUCAGCUGUCUCUGGAUGGAGACACGGACAGUCUGACCACCUCCCCUUCCUCCAGCAGCUUGGACACCUGGUCCGGACACAAGCUGGUCAAAACCUUCAGUAAGUCUUCCAGCAACCACGGUCUCAUCCGGCCCCCCAGGAGGACCCCGGUUGGCUCUGGCGUGCAGGGAGGUUCCAUCUCCGGCGUCGGAGGUAGCGGCUCUUCCUUCUCGGAGUUGGAUGGCUGUGGAUUGGACGACGAGGGGAAACUGUCACGCUCCACGACCGACGGCGAGAUGCGGAAGGCCCUGAGCUCCAUCUCCCAUGGGAGAACGUGCAGCUUCGGAGGCUUCGACCUGACCAACCGCUCACUCCACGUGCUCAACGCGGGCUCAGAGGCCAACAACAAAGAACAAGAAGCGAUAUACAGAGAAGUGGUCAAGUCCCCCACGACGUCCCGGAUCUCGCUGGGCAAGAAGGUGAAGUCGGUGAAGGAGACGAUGAGGAAGCGCAUGUCGAAGAAGUACAGCAGCUCCUUGUCCGAGCAGUCCAGUCUGGACGGAGCCCCCGGUUCCCCUCAGUCCCCCCAGCCCGACACCGACUCUCUGGAGAAGCCGAAGCUCAAGGCCGGAGGCUCAGUGGAAAGUCUGCGCAGUUCACUCAGCGGACAGAGCUCAAUGAGUGGUCAGACGGUGAGCACCACCGACUCAUCGGCCAGCAACAGAGAGAGCGUGAAGUCGGAAGAUGGCGAUGACGAGGAGCCGCCGUACAGGGGACCGUUCUGUGGUCGGGCCAGGGUCCACACUGACUUCACCCCCAGCCCCUAUGACACAGACUCCCUCAAACUGAAGCGCGGCGACGUGAUCGACAUCAUCAGCAAGCCGCCCAUGGGAACGUGGAUGGGCCUGCUCAACAACAAAGUGGGCACCUUCAAGUUCAUCUACGUGGACGUGCUGAGCGAAGAGGAGGAGAAACCCAAGAGGCCCGUGAGGAGGAGGAGGAAGGGCCGACCACCCAAGCCCACCUCGGUGGAGGACCUGCUGGAGCGCAUCAACCUCAAGGAGCACAUGCCCACGUUCCUGUUCAACGGCUACGAGGACCUGGACACGUUCAAGCUGCUUGAGGAGGAGGACCUGGACGAGCUGAACAUUAAAGACCCUCAGCACAGAGCCGUACUGCUCACUGCUGUAGAGCUGCUGCAAGAGUACGACAGCAGCAGUGAUCCGGAGCGCAGCGGCCUGUCGGGCUCCCAGGAGAAGCUGCUCUCUGAGGGACGGGGCCUGGUGGGAGACUCCCCGCGGGACUCCGGCUGCUACGAGAGCAAUGAGAACCUGGAGAAUGGCAAGAGCAGGAAAACGUCCCGUUCCAGUCGUUCCUCGGCGGGUCUCCAGUCUCCAGACUACCCCACCCUGCCCAUGACCCUUUCAACUGAGGCCCUGCAGCAGAACGGCAAGAACCAGCGCACAAAGUUCCCGAAGAGCUUCUUCAUCAAACCCUCCCUCAAGGCCUUCAACCUGCUGGGGCUGCGCAAAGCCCCCAGACGGUCCCCGAUCCCAGCAAGCCGCAGCUGCGAGGACCUGGACGGACCCCCGCAGCCCACUGGACCCUGGAAACGCUCCCACUCUCUGGGAGACCUGCAAUGGGAGCAGACUUAUGAGCAGAAGAAGGAUCUGGGCCUGGAGGUUAAACCCCCCAUGGAAAGGCCCAAAUCAGACAGCAGUAACUCAACCAAGGUCUGCAGAGGGGAGGGGUCCCCAGCUCAGAAUGGGACUCCACCAGUGAGCCCUAAAGGAAGGGCUGAGAGACCACCCAUACCUUCCCAGCUGCCUCUCCGACCCCCUUGUCCCACACCCCAGUCCCCUACUCACCCAGAGCCCUUCUCCAGUCCUACUCCCAGUCCCCCAUACUCCAGUGGGGAGAGGGUGAUCCGGACUCACCCCAAAAAGCCCCCUGUCCCACCUCCCGUUCCCGCCAAAAAGUCUAGGGAAAGACUUGCCAAUGGCCUCCGUCACGCCCCUCUCUCCCUGCCCUCCUCGCCGUCUCCCACCGCCUCCCCGACCCACUCCCUCACCCGCUCUCACCCCAGCAGCCCCCAAAUCCGAAGUAGCAGCAGCAGCCCCUGCCCCCCUGCUCUGCCCGCCAAGUCCCCGAGCACCCCGGCCAGCCCCUGCGCCACCUCAUCGGCCUCGUCGUUCGGCGAGGAGUCGGGCACCCCCCCGGCGGUCCAGCCUCCGUGGCUCUCGGACCUUGGGGGCAAAGUGGCUGUUUCGAGAAAACUCUCCCAUAACAAAAUGAGCUCUGACCUGUUCACCCUGCUGGAGCAGCGGCUGGAGGCCGAGGGAAUCGACCUGACGGAGGAACCCUACUCUGACAAGCAUGGCCGCUGUGGGAUUCCCCAGCCGCUGGUGCAGCGUUACUCUGAAGACCUGGAGCAGCCCGUGAAGGACGUGGCCUCCACCAUGGACCAGCUCCGAGUCAAAGAGCUGCGUAAACAACACCGCAUGGCUAUCCCGUCUGGAGGUCUGACCGAGAUGUGCCGAAAGCCCCUGCCCUCGGGUAACAUCAGCACAGUCCCCGAUUGGCUCGUCUCCAUCGGCCUGCCCAUGUACGCCGCCUCCCUGGCGGCGGCGGGAAUCGACACGCUGGGUCGCGUGGCCUUGUUAACGGAGAGCAGCGUGUGGGAGGCCGGGGUCCGGGACCAGAGACACGUCCGCCGGCUGGUCAGCGAGGCGAGAUCGGUCAGCGCGCCCAGAGAGGUGAAGUCCUAACCACGUUGGCGGAGUCCGGGUUGGAUAACAGGUGUCGACUCACUGGUCAGUACCGCCUCAUUUAAAGAUGGCGGCUGAAGGCAAAUUGGCCACGGGACUGAACUAAAAACCCAGGCGACUACAGUACUUCCUGUCUCGUGUCUGACGACUCAAAGCGGGCCGCCGUGCUCUCUGAUGAUUUUUGUCCCCAUCACUCUAACUUUUGAAAUGUUUACGCCACUGAGGAAUUUCCCCUCAACAGCCAAGACAAGCUAUCAGAUGCCUUUUUGAAGAUAAGACUGUAGACUCGCGCUGUGGGAUGGCUCCCAUUCUGCAGACGCCCUCAAAGUCUUAAAAUAAAGACUUGGAUCUGCCUUUAAGGAGGAUAGCACACUCUUUUGUAGGAUGGAUGAUUUCUUUCCUUUUUUUUAAAUACAGAGAGACGGUUUAUCUCCUGCCUAUUUCAUAAGUGCUUCAUUUUCAUCUCUUCUCGUGGCAAAGCAGCAUUAUCCGAGGGUUUCCUAAAGACGACGCCAGAACUCACCCUGGACUUCUAAUCCACUGAAGACAAACAAGGAGUAAGAGGUGGUUUUGAGAUGGCCUAUUUUGUAUUAUGUCUCUGUAUUAUAGCAUAAUGAAUAUCUUCAUUUAAAAAAAAACGAUUUCUAUGUUAAAAGAACAUUUGUGUUUGCCUUUUGAAUGUUGCAGCUCUCAGUCAUUUCUAAGCUGAAACAGCUGACAUCACAUCGCACCCUUAUAUUUCACAUUAUAUCCAGUUUUCCUGCAUAUCUCGGAUGCACCUCCAGUCUGAAUACGAGCACAAACAGAAAGCUCUGUUUCUCGCUCCAGGUUUUUUCUCCACAAUCAGCUUUUCACAGCAACAAAUACACCCCCUGCGUAUACAUGGACGUUUUUUAAGUUGUCUUAGCAAUAUGAACGAAUGGCUGGAAGAGAUGGAACCUACAGUAGAGUUGACGCUACUUUGACAGAGACUGAACUGUGCUGAAUGUGUCCGAGUCUGAGAAGUAACCGAGGCGCGGAUUUUAUCAACACGCGCCAGAUAGAUGGCGAUUGUGGUUUUUAUUUUCUCGCGAAGCUCAGACGAUAAAUCACAAAACUACGGGGACGACGCUACAAAAGUGCGAAAGCGUCCUCACUGCUCGAGCACAUGUUCACAGGGAGGGAGGAGAGAGUGAAAAAUGUUCCAAAGACACAGCUGAUAACUGGAUUUGGGGGAUUUUUACAGACACAUGAAAAAUUUGCUUAUUUGGAUAAUAAGCUGUUUUGGGACUUUUUCUUUUUUAAACACAUUAUACUGUAGCUGUAAUUGUUGCCAGUGGGAAACUUUUCAUUGGGCGCUGCGGGUGGAAGGUGGGAGCAGUCGUAUCAGGUGACCUCCGAGGUCUGCACAUGGUUUCACACUCUAUGGUCUUGAGAAAUCAGGGAAACACAGACUGUACAGGGAAACACUGAGUCAGGUCGGUCUGUUACAGAAAAACAACAACUUUGGGCCAAAAAACUAAAAAACUGAAAACAACCAGAAUCUCUUUCAUUUGCACACAAUUGAUCUAACAAAUAAUCUUUCUUUGUGUAGUUUUUUUUUUUUCUCCCAGUAAAGUUCUAUCUUUCACAACCAGAACUGAAGUGGUUAUUCCACGGAUUUCAUAUUUUAAAAAAAAUUGACCAAGUGUUAUUGUUAAUGUGUUUUUUUUUUUGCAGUGGGCACUUGAUAGGUAGAUGUUUGAUGCCUUUUUCUUCUUCUUCAAUCAAAGUGGUGCUCUGGGAGAGUGAGGACGGGGACGGGGACGGGGACGGGGGGUCACUAUUAAAAAAACAAAAAACAAGUGUUUUGUAAUGAAUGAAAAUACUGACACUGUAAAUGCACUUUAGAGGGUAAAUCUAGCUGUUUUUAUAGGUGAAAUUGGCUUCAUUUAAUGGACAUUCGUUGUCAGGUAUUAUAAAAGGGUUUCAGUGGGUAACGCUGGUAUUUUUUAAUUUAGUGUUGAGUUCCCGAUGCCAAGUUUUAAUAACCAUUCACGAGUUAACCAGUUCCAGUGACUUACUUCCAGUUUGUUUUUGCAGUCUUACAGAAAAUACAAAUUCUUGAUUACAUAUAUGAAAUGCUUAGUAGAAGUUGCACAUUCUGUAUAUGUAAUUGAUAUUUAAUUAAUAACUUAUUUUUUUGCUCUUUUUUUUUUUCCACAUCAACUGUAAUUAGCUGUACUAUAUGAAUAGCAAUACCUUCCUGCAUAAUGCAUAUUGCUUUAGCCAGUGAGGAGCUGCAGUAUGUAAUGUAAAAUAUGUGUACAAAUUAUUUUAUUUGGUUUUCAUCUACCUAAUGAUUGUCCAUACAGAUUUGCUUGUGUAUUGAAACAACAAAAGUAAUGUCCAUAACUAUUUGUCAUUCUUAAAUAUAAUAAAAAACUGUUUCUUGCCA